CAUUCUAUUAUCUCAAUAGAUAAUGCUCGAGCAUCACGCGGGUUCACAACUCCACUAAAAAACAGGUAUAUAUUUCCAAUGUUGUUUGUAAAUCGUAAUUAGUUCAAUAAUUGGCGUUGUUCGUUAAUUUCAAAGGAGCUGCGUUUAAAAUGCAACUCUUUAAAACUAUUAUAUUCGUGGUGGUUACCGUUGAGUUGCCAAAGCGGAACUAAAAAGAAUCAAAGAGGAAAGGUGACUCUAAGUCGCUUCCACCAUCAUGCGACAGCAAAAUUUAUUGCCAAGGAGAGUUGUUGCACACUGUGCAAAUGGCCGCUCUCUUCAAUGAUUCGAAGCAUUUCGUAGACAUGACAAUGCUCGACGACGAAGAGAAUAUUCUUCAAAAUUUUGAAACUUUCAUGGCGAGAACCGGCCGAAAACCCAACAAAAAACAAAUUGAAGAUUUCGUGAAUGAAAACUUCGAGUUUGCGGAUGAACUUGAUAAAUGGACACCGGAAGAUUUCAACGAGGAACCCGCGUUCCUGGAGACCAUCCAAGAUGAAGAAAUUCGCAGUUUUGCGAAGAAGAUUGUAGCAAUUUGGCCCACACUUGGUAGGAAGAUAAGCAGCGAUACCCUGCAGAACAUUCAUCGUCAUUCGUUAUUCCCAUUGACAAAGGGUUUCGUUGUACCUGGGGGACGAUUCAGGGAGACUUACUACUGGGACACUUAUUGGAUCAUCAAGGGAUUGCUGAUCUCAGAUAUGAAAGAUACCGCUCGCGAUAUGCUGGACAACUUCGUCACGUUGAUCAAACAACACGGUUUUAUUCCGAAUGGCGCACGCGUAUACUACUCUCAAAGGAGCCAACCUCCUUUGUUCGCUCAGAUGGUCAUGGAAUAUUAUGCAGCUACAGGUGAUGUUUCGUGGUUAAGAGAAAACAUUGCAUACGUUGAACAGGAAGUUAAUUUCUUCCUGCAAAACCGUGUGAUAACUAUAGAGGUGAACGGCGAGGAAUAUCAAGUCGCCAGGUAUUACCCUGAGUCCCUGGGACCUAGACCAGAGUCGUACAAAGAAGAUUUUCUAACAGCUUCCAAGCUUACUACUGAGGAAGCCAAACAGAAUCUGUAUACUAACUUGAAGGCAGGAGCUGAAAGUGGAUGGGACUUUAGUUCAAGGUGGUUCUAUGAUGCUGAUGGUGGUACCAAUGCUAAUUUAAGCACUAUUGAUACUGGUAGAACCAUCCCGGUUGACCUUAAUGCUUUCCUAUACCAAGCUACAGGAUCUGUGGCUCUUCUAUAUAAUGCUCUGAACAACCCUGGCAAAAUGACUGAGUGGCUUCUGAAAAACAUGAAGUUCCAGAGUGCUCUUCAGAAAGUCUUCUUUAAUGAAGAAGAUAGUAUCUGGUAUGAUUACGAUACUACCCUCAAACAACACAGAAAGGAAUUCUAUGUGUCCAACUUAAGUCCACUUUGGGUCAAAGCACAAGGCAUCAACUUCAAUCCCGACAAACUUAUUCAGAAACUGCGUGAUGAUGGCGUAUUGGACUUUGAAGGUGGCACUCCUUCAUCUUUAAAACGAAGUGGUGAACAAUGGGACCUACCAAAUGCUUGGCCACCACUACAGGCAAUAAUUGUUCAAGCAUUAGCGAACACCGGCACUGAGGAAGGCAAAGAGAUAGCGGAGCAGUUGGCAAAGCAAUGGGUGACUGCAAAUAUGAUUGGAUACGAACGCACUGGAUACAUGUUCGAAAAGUACGAUGCGGAAAGUUUGGGUAACUAUGGAGGUGGUGGAGAGUACGAAGUACAAGCUGGGUUUGGAUGGUCCAAUGGUGUAGCAUUGGAAUUCAUCCGAGAUUAUUACUCAGAGAAUGACUUGUAAAAUGUACGCUUAGUUGCCUAAAGUGUAUAAUAGAUAUUAAUUAAUUGAUUGAAAUUUA